CUGCGAGCAGUGCGAAAAGGCAAGACGAAGCGUUAACAACGCUACACGAAAGCGCGCAAGCGAAAUACCAAAAAAUCGUAUCGAAUAAUUACAUAUACAUAAAUGUGUAUGAGUGUAUGUGUAUGGUGGGCGCGGUAAAUUGCAGUAAGACAAAAGGUCAAGUGUUAAAAAAGAAAUCUGUUAUUUAUCACUCGGCGCACUGUGCAACAGUGUUCGCUGCAGAAGUUGCUGAACUUACGCGAUUAGUGUCGAGCUCGUUGCAGCUCAUCGGCAUACUGAAACCAAAGUGAAAUAGCGCAACGCACGAAACCUUGUAAAUACAAAAAUUAUAAUUUCUUUGUGUGAAUGUGCGCAAGUUAAAAAUACAAAAUACUCGUAUAAGCGAAAUUUAUAGUGGCUUUUCCUAGAACUACUUGAAAUACAGCAUCCGACUUUCAUUGGUGCUGCAACGAAUCGGCGGUAGCAAAGGUGGGUCGAGACGAAUAGAACACGAGUGUUUUCACUAAUUGCUCAAACAGCAAUCGUGCUGAAAAGUAUCUUUUAUCUGCAAUAUCUGCCUCGGCGUACAUCUGUAAGCUGUUGUGGUGGCAGCUGAAAACUAAAAUACAAAAAAUAUAAAUAAAACAUUUUGCACUUGCACACCUGCGCGUGGCCACUUCCGUCUUGCGACAAACACGCUAUUGAAAUACACAGAUAAAUUGCAUUGCACACGCUUAAAUACAGACAUAAAACGUACAUACACAAACACAGUGAUGACCUGGUUUAGUGGCGUAACUGCGUCGUAUGACAGCAACUUCCGGUGUAAACGGAUGUUACACGGCUAUUUGUUUUUGGCAUGUGCUUUACUGCUGAUUGCGGUGCCGGUGAACGCACGUCCCAAGGAGACGACAAGCGAUGUUAUCAUACCGUUGGACGAUGCUGGGCUGGCGUUGAGCGAGGAAUAUGGCGAUGUGGAUAAUAUUGAGUUUCACCAUGCUAAAAUCGUAGAUGGCGUACUGCACGAAGAUCACCCAGUUAUAAUGUAUAAAGAGGAUUUCGUUAGCGAAGAUUUUGUGCCGAAAAAGAACAAUACACAUCGUCUGCGCAAACAUAAAGAUCCGGCGCAUCGUCGCCGUCGCAUCAACGAUCAAUCUAACUCGGAGCAAUACCAUCCGCUGCAGCCUGAGAAAAUAUAUUUCGAUAUUUUAUCCUCAGCUCCGAUUGUUACCUCCGAUGAGUCAAAGUCUGCCAAUUCGAAAGCACAUGUAGAAGUCAUUUCUCUAGCCGAUGCUGAUGCAAAGCUAGUGGAUGGCGAAGAUGAGGCUAAGCGCGUGCUCAAUAAGCGUCCCAAGAAAUUCCAACAUCGUCGUCAACGCCGUGAUACGGACAGAAUUUGGCAUCGGGAACAUCUUCUGCAGAAACGUCACCAAAAUCCAUAUUAUCGCAUAUAUGGUGCAAAUUCCGUCAGUUCAUACCCACAAACACCCAAUUACUAUUUACCGAGCCACGAACCGGUGAAGCGUUAUCAAAAACAACCUGUUGCUGGUGACUUCUAUAACGGCCCUGUUAGUACGCUACCCAAAAUUAGGGUAAAUACGCGUUUCGGCGGCGAAGAUAAUACAGAUCGCGUAAUUUGGCGCGAUUAUACACCAACCAGAAAUCCCAAUAAACGCUUGAAUAUCACAGUGGGCACACCUAAACCACUGUUUUCGCGGCGCACAGAAUCACCACUUUCCGCUGUACCCCCAAGAGACGAGGCAGGAGCAGCAAGUGAUUCAGGGCCUAUUCGUAGUCCCGUCAUAACGGAAGCGCCAGUCUUUCAAUUGCCUACACGCCCGCCACCACCGACACCGACAACAGCAUCCUCUUCCACCGCCUGUGUGUGGGCUAUAGCCAGUUGUUGCGCACCCAACGACUCCGCUGUGCGGUACGGCUGCUUCCAACGCUAUGGUUGUAAUUUGGUCUUUUGGAAUUUGAAUCCUUGUGCGGAUAAUAUACGCGAUAAUGUCAUCGACUAUCUGAGUAAACAAUUCGAUUAGAACGAAGCAUGUCACACGUAAAGCCGAUGCUAGUAUUUAAAAUUGUCACAAAGCAUUUAUUAACCAUAGCUUAGUUUGUAAGUUUAAGUUAUUGUAUGCUGUUUUUCUUUUGUUUUUACUUUUUAAUAUACCGUUUUUACUGACGCUGUAAUUUAUAGAAAAAAAAUGUAUUUUUUUUAAUAGUGCUACCCAAUUAUGCAUUAAUUUAUGCGACAACAUACUUACAGAGAUUCAUAACUUUUUCUGUUUGAUUGUUUUCUAUUAAGAUACGAAGCAAUGGAAUAUAAGAAAUAAUAAAAAUAAUAAUUUUAUUUGAGUGUCUCAAAGUGCAAAA